AUGUCUCUGUCAGGGCUCAAGACCGAGCUGAAGUUCUUGGCGUCCAUCUUCGACAAGAAGCAGGAGCGACUCCGCAUAAACAGCUGGAAGCUGGACGAACUGCACUGCCAGUUCCUGGUACUGCCGCUGGCACCGCCGUACCCCAUACCCCAGCCGCCGCUCACACUCCACUGCAACAUCACGGAAUCUUACCCACCUUCUUCACCAAUAUGGUUUAUGGACUCCGAUGACCCAACUCUAACAUCAGUUCUGGAACUUCUAGAAGAUACUAAGAACAACAAUUCGCUUCGUCAGCAAUUGAAGUGGUUGAUAUGUGAACUCUGCAGAUUAUAUAAUCUUCCUCAGCACCUGGAUGUUGAGAUGCUAGAUCAACCAUUACCCACGGGUCAGAAUGGAAUAACAGAAGUGACUUCAGAAAAGGAGGAGGAAGAAGAGAUGGCCAAAGAUAUAGAAGACUUGGAUCAUUAUGAGAUGAAGGAAGAAGAGCCUAUUAGUGGAAAGUCAGAGAAUGAAGGAAUCGAAAAAGAAAAUUUGGCAAUAUUAGAGAAAAUUAGGAAGACUCAAAGGCAAGACCAUUUAAAUAGUGCGGUGUCUGGGUCAGUGCAAGCUUCAGAUAGACUUAUGAAAGAGCUCAGGGACAUAUACAAAUCACAAAGUUAUAAAACAGGGAUUUAUUCAGUGGAACUCAUAAAUGGCAGUUUAUACGAUUGGCAUGUUAAACUGAAGAAGGUUGACCCUGAUAGUCCAUUGCACAGUGAUCUUCAGAUCUUAAAAGAAAAAGAAGGCAUAGAAUACAUUUUGCUUAACUUCUCUUUUAAGGAUAACUUUCCCUUUGAUCCUCCAUUUGUUCAAGUGGUAUUACCUGUUCUCUCAGGAGGGUAUGUGUUGGGUGGAGGAGCAUUAUGUAUGGAACUACUCACAAAACAGGAUUGGAGCAAUGCCUAUUCAAUAGAAUCGGUCAUCAUGCAAAUGAAUGCCACCUUAGUCAAAGGCAAGGUCAGAGUGCAGUUUGGAGCAAAUAAGAAUCAAUAUAAUCUAGCAAGAGACCAACAGUCCUAUAAUUCCAUUGUACAGAUACAUGAGAAAAAUGGCUGGUACACUCCUCCAGAGGAAGAUGGCUAAAAUAUGUUGACUCUCAUAUGUUUGGACCAAUGUUGCUUUAAAGAAAAUCUUCCCAACAUGCAGAUACAAGCUUUGAGUGCCCCUAUAACAGCAGUACUGAAGAUGUUAGCUAAUAGAUAUUUUAGUGGAUAAUCUGUCAAC